AUGACGUAAAUAUACGCCAUAUGCUGCUUCCAUGUAGCUUGCAGCAUAAAGUACCCUCGUAGCUGUGCAAGACGACUAACAGAACCUCACAACUCGACACUUAAACCAACCUGUUGACUGCCCCAAGCAUCAAAGCAUCUUACCACCCACACCACCCACCACAAAAUGUCUCAACACCACGGCCAAAAAGUCACAACCGACCCACGCUCCCAAAUCCCCAUCCACGAAGCCCCCGGCACCAUAACCAGCGACUCGCUCGCGGCCGAAUCGCUCCAGAACUCCGGCUCCUUCGCCGCCAACAACCCCAAAGCCGCGGCCUCCUCGCAGCCCUCCACCGGCAGCACCGCGACCAACACCGACACCUCAGGCGCGCGCCGCCUCGACCCCGCCGUCGACGCGCAGGCCCGCGACGCAGCCCAGAACUGGAGCGAGCAGGCGCAGCUCUCGGCAGGCGCGGGGCUGGGGCUCGGGAAAGAGCACGGCGUCGGGCCGACGUAUAACAAAGUCGGCGGCGCGACGGGGUACGGGACGGCGACGCAGGCGCCCAGUGCGAAUGUGGAGGAGAGGGUUGGGGGGUAUGCGGGCGCGGCGGAUGCAGUGUUAGAGGAGCAGGGGGUGUUUGGGAUGAAGGGGAAGGGCGUGACGGAGGAUCCGGGGCUGGAGGGGAAGAGUGAGUUUGCGCCGAUUGGAAGUAAGAAGGACCCGGCAAGGGUGGCGGAGGAGGAGGCGCUGAGGAGGGAGGCGGGGAGGGGGGUCAGUGGGGGGGUGCAGGGGGAGCAGGGGGGAAGCAAGUUCAGUGGGUUGGAGCGGGAUGAGGCUGCGUAG